AUGAAUGAACGAGACGAGGCAAUAAACAGGCAAGAGACAGGUGAGAAGAAAAUCUUAGUGGAUGAAAAAGCAAGACAAAAGCUGUGGAGUGUGGAUACGUCUGACCCCAAGCUGAGGAGUGUGGAUACGUCUGACCCCAAGCUGUGGCGUGUGGAUACGUCUGACCCCAAGCCGAGGAGUUUGGAUACGUCUGACCCCAAGCUGUGGCGUGUGGAUACGUCUGACCCCAAGCUGAGGAGUGUGGAUACGUCUGACCCCAAGCUGAGGAGUGUGGAUACGUCUGACCCCAAGGUGAGGAGUGUGGAUACGUCUGACCCCAAGCUGUGGAGUGUGGAUACCUCUGACCCCAAGCUGAGGAGUGUGGAUACGUCUGACCCCAAGCUGUGGCGUGUGGAUACGUCUGACCCCAAGCUGAGGAGUGUGGAUACGUCUGACCCCAAGCUGUGGAGUGUGGAUACGUCUGACCCCAAGCUGUGGCGUGUGGAUACGUCUGACCCCAAGCUGUGGCGUGUGGAUACGUCUGACCCCAAGCUGUGGUGUGUGGAUACGUCUGACCCCAAGCUGUGGUGUGUGGAUACGUCUGACCCCAAGCUGAGGACAGUGGAUACCACUGACCCCAAGCUGAGGGAUCUGAAUGUUUUUCCCCCAAGCUUUGAAAUCUAG